UAUUUUACCAUUACUGUGCUUCCUACCUUUGCUGUCUUCUAACCCUAUAAAGCCCACUUGCAGUCCAACACAGUACAACUGGCCACAUAUAUCACCUACGUUUUGUUGUGAAAAGUGCCCUGCAGGUGAGUUUAUGGCCAGACGGUCACAGAUAAACUGUGACCAUAAAUGUCAACCCUGUGAACGUGGGAAAUACACAGCCGGCUACAACACGGCGAUGAACUGUGAAUUUUGUGACAGCUGCAGCAAACCAAACAUGGAGGUCAAGACAGAAUGCAGCAAGACUCAUAACACUGUGUGCACAUGUAAGGCUGGCUACAAGUGCAAAGACCAAGACUGUAAAGAGUGUGUAUCCACAAUCAAACCCACUGUCCCUCCAUCUACUACUGCAAAAGUGGAGGUCAAGGCAGACUGCAACCCGACUCAUAACACCAUGUGCACAUGUAAGGCUGGCUACAAGUGCAAAGACCAAGACUGUAAAGAGUGUGUAGUGAUACCAGCCACAGUCAAACCCACCAUCCCUCCAUCUACUACUGUGGCGACACCUGACGUUACCACCACCAGGCUCGCCCCUAAACCAAUUGCAGAUACGGUGUGGUUUCUGGUGAUAAUUGCCCUCCUGUGUACAGGAAUUGCACUGGUUGUUGUGACAAAAAUCAAGCCAUUUUUAGUCUGGAUUAGGUUCACUCACGGGUACUUCUUGGCUGAAAAACCUGCCACACAACCUGCAUGUGAUGAAGAAGUGUCCAAGCCCAUCCAGGAAGUGUGCGGGAAAUGUGACCAACCUAUGUGUUAAAAACCAGAUCUGGAAUUUGGAGGAGCGAGAACCUGACAAGACACUCAGUGGCACAUCCCAGAUGGAAAACAUUUGCCACUGCUUUUGGACAUUUAAAUAGAGCUAAAAGGCACUCCGCGCCGUGCUGAUCAGUGAAAUGCCAGAAGGUGGAAAGUUUGAGACUGUUGCUGUUUCCUGAGAGGACAGAUGAUCAUUUUGGCAUCUGUGACUUUGAAGUGUAUAAAAUUGUGGUUGGUAAAAAUCUUGGAACUGAUAAGACAGAGGGGACAUUGUGGCAGUGAAAGGAAAGU